AUGGUCACGAGUUCGGGCUUCACUUCUGCCCCAGUCACUCGCGCUUUGCUCACGCUCCUUGUGUCCAGCUCGAUCGGCGCAUCAGUGCUCAGUAUCAAGCACUACCUGCCUCUCAAGCCCGUUCCUCACCUGUGGCCAUACCUACAGUUAUGGCGAAUCCUCUCGUUCCAGCUUGCCUAUACUACCUCGACAGAGGUGUUGUUCUCGGCCGCUCUCAUCUACCAAUUACGAGUAUUGGAAAGAAUGUGGGGAAGCAGGAAGUUUGCCAGCUUCGUUGUUGCUAGCUACGGACUAUGCUGGUGGGGCUAUAUACCGUCCGGCAUGACUGGCAUUGUGGUAGCCCUAGUCGCAGUAUGGAGAAAUGAGAUACCCAAGCUAGGUGGAUUUAAGAUCUUGCUGGAUGAUGAUCCCGAGAAAGUACGUGCUGGUACAGCCAGAGGAAUCGAGUUUACCGACAAGUGGACAGCAUACUUGCUUACUGCCCAGCUUGCGUUGAGUCAAUUUCCCUAUGGCUUACUUCCUGCAUCCGUGGGCUGGGUUGUUGGAAGUGCUUGGGCGGAAGAGUUGGUUCCGGGUGGUAUAGUAAGAUGGAGAGUACCUGCCUGGACUGUGGGAGAAGACAGCAGGGCCAAGAGGAGUGGUCAAAGACAAUACGAAGGAUUACGACGAAGAUUGGAAGAAGAGAACCAAGAUGGUAUGAGAGAGGUCACUGAGGGUAUGGCUAGAGGUGCACCAGGCCAAAAUGAUACACGAAGUUUUGUCGGCGGUCUAGGGAGAUAUUUCACCAGCAGCUGA